AUGUCCUGGCAAGCAUACGUCGAUAACAACCUCGUCGGUACCCACAAGGUCGCCAAGGGCGCCAUCUAUGGCCACGACGGCUCCCUCUGGGCCUCCAGCCCCAACUUCAACGUCGGAGGUGCCGAGGUUCAAAAGUUGAUUGCUGCCUUCAACGACGAGAGCGACAUUGCCGCCAACGGCCUCUUCCUCGAGGGCAACAAGUUUGUCUUCUUGAGAAAGCCCGAGCCCCACGUUAUCUAUGCCCGCCACGGAGCCACCGGCGUUGCCUGCGUCAAGACCACCCAGGCCGUCCUCGUCGGCUACUACGACGAGAACAUCCAGGCCGGCGACUGCAACACCGUCGUCGACAACUUGGCCAACUACCUCAUCAGCACUGGCUAUUAA